GCAGGAACUGACGUCAAACGUUUGCGACAAGUGAAGUGGCUACUAUUUUGAAACCUUAAACCCCCUACACGAAGAAGUUUAGUUUAAUCAGAUCGUUUCUUUUUUUUCUUUUUUUUUUUUUGCUGCUUGAUGUCAUAAAGAUGUAGAUACUGCGCAUAGUUAUCAAAAUGUCGCCAGAGCUGGAAAAGGUCCCGAGAAACCUGUUGGUGUGCGAGAAAUCAAACUUCUUGAAUGAAAAGUCUCGGCAUGACAUCCACGUGUCGAAGCACAACUUUAAUUACAAGAUCUCAGUGCUGAUACCUGAAUGUAGGACCCUCCCUGCAAACAUCUCCAGUGUGAUCAACAGCUUCAGCCCUUAUUAUUUAAUGCGGAAUCUGCCAGUUUAUGAACUACUGGAAGAAACAUUCCUUGAGUCAGUUGUAAAGAAAGGAAACUUCUAUGCACUCUCAUACAGCACCAAAAUUGAUGAAGAUAAUUCCAUUGCACUUCUUUCCAGUGGUCAGUUAAUUUUGUCUCUAGAUAAAGACACAUAUGAACAGCUUGGCUUGGAGGGACGACCAUCUCAGUACAAUCACAAAAAGGCCAUGAGAUUUGUCGUGACUCUGGACCUCACAGAUAAAAGCUUGACUCCAGGCACCAAACGAUACCAGCGGGUUCUGUCGAGUAUAAAAGACAGACUACCACUUAGAUAUGACUUUCUGUUUACUAAAUGCAACACAGGUGCAGAUGAAGAUAAGACUCUUUGCAAGCUGUUGUCCCAGUACUCGUACGAAGAGCACAAGCCUACUUUUACCCAUCACACCCUGAAAAAUAUACCAUGUCCCACACUUUACCCAUCAGAUAUACAGGGAAAGACACUGUCAUGUGACCCACAUCACUUCUUGGAGUGGCUUGGAGCAGUUAACCUGGACAUCAGUUGUGAAAAUGCUGCAGACAGUUUCCUGUCGACAUAUGUGUGUCCAGAGCCCAAGAGCUCUGUCAGUCAAGCCUUGCUGUGCACCGUUACUGGCUUUAUCUCACCUGAGAAUGUAUUUGUGCUGCUGCAAGAACUCAGGCAGUAUUUCGAUGAACCGAAGUUUACACCAUGGAUUUCCCUCACUGUGCAUGGAUUUAUGGAUAGUCCCGUGUCAUGGGGAGCCACAGAACACGGAUUCUUCAAAGGUGGUGAAAACUUCUACAAUUUUGUUUGCUUCAAGAAUCAGGACUACUGGCUACACAUGGCUGUCGGUGCUCAAGAUGGCUGCCCACCAUGAAACAAUGGACAUUUGACACUUGAGGAUGAGACAUGUUGUGUUGAAAUGUAAAAUACAAACGUAAAUGUAAAAGUAUGACGUUGGUUUUUAUUCAAAUUAAAUUAUAAAAGCACAAGAGUGGGUAAAAACACUUAUAUUUGGACCAGUCAUUUUCACAGCUGUUACAU